AUGCCUGGCAUCGAUCCCCUGAUCAUCUGUCAUCGCCUAUACGUCAACCUAGUCAUCAAGCCUGUAGCGCAGAAGAGACGCAACUUCGCCCCCAAGCGGGUCGCCAUCAUUGAAGCCAAGAUCGACAAGCUUCUAGCUGCCGGUUUCAUUGAAGAAGUCUCAUACGCAGAAUGGCUGGCGAACGUUGUUCUAGUAGCAAAGAAAGAUAAAGGCCUGUGGAGAGUGUGCGUCGACUAUACUGACCUCAACAAGGCAUGUCCUAAAGAUAACUUUCCACUGCCGAGAAUUGACCAGCUCGUCGAUUCAACUUUCGGCAAUCAACUGCUAAGCUUCAUGAACGCCUACUCCGGUUACAACCUGAUCAUGAUGCAUGAAGAUGACAAGGCAAAGCCCUCUUUCAUCAUCGAAAGAGGUACCUACUGCUACAAGGUCAUGCCAUUUGGGCUGAAGAACGCCGGGGCAACCUACCAAAGGCUGGUGAACAAAAUUUUCAAGGAGCAAAUCGGCAAGACUAUGGAGGUCUACGUAGACGACAUGCUAGUCAAAGCUCUUGAGCGAGCAGACCACAUCGAGAAUCUUGCCGAGGCAUUCAGCCUACUCCGAAAAUACAACAUGAAGUUGAACCCGAGCAAAUGCACAUUUGGAGUCUCGUCCGACCGAUUCCUUGGAUACUUAGUCACCCAAAGAGGAAUUGAGGCACAUCCAAAUCAAAUCAAGGCUAUACUCAACAUGAAGUCAACUGCCACAACAAAGGAGAUACAAAGUCUAACGGGUAGGGCGGCAGCUCUCAACCGAUUCCUCUCUAGAUCUACCGACAAAUGCAGGCCAUUUUUCAAAGCCUUGAAGAAGGGACACAAAGACAAGUGGGAUGACGAGUGUGAAGUAACUUUUCAAAACUUGAAAACUUACCUCACUUCACCUCCAUUGCUCUCAAAGCCGAUACCAGGCGAAGACUUGUACAUCUACCUAGCGGUGUCCGACUCAGCUGUCAGCUCAGCUCUCAUCCGAAAAGAGCUGGGGGCACAACAUCCGGUAUUCUACACUUCAAAAGCUCUCCUCGAUGCAGAGACUCGCUAUCCGAAAAUGGAGAAGCUCAUUUUUUCGCUUGUGGUUUCUGCGAGAAAGUUAAGGCCCUACUAUCAAGCACACCGGAUAAUUGUCAUAACAGAAUUUCCUUUGAGAUCGAUCCUUCACAGCCCCGACGCUUCUCAGCGACUCAUGAAAUGGGCUAUCGAACUCAGUCAAUACGACCUCCUCUACUGGCCGAAGACUGCUAUAAAAGCCCAAGCUUUAGUAGAUUUUGUUGUAGAGUUUACUCCGACAGCCAAAGAAGAGAAGAUGGUCACGAAAAGCAAGGAAAAAGCGGACGACACCUCCCCCACCGAUUCGAACCUACCUAACGACCUGUGGCAAUUGCAUGUAGACGGAGCAUCAAAUCACAAAAGAGCGGGAGUAGGAGUCGUCAUAAUCACCCCAGACGGAACCUUGUUGGGACAAGCUAUCACACUAGGCUUUUCUGCUUCAAACAACGAGGCAGAAUAUGAGGCACUGCUUGCAGGACUACGCCUAGCGAAAGAACUGUCGAUCAAGAGACUGGCCAUCUACUCAGACUCCCAACUGAUCACGAAUCAAGCCUCAGGCGAGUACAUGGCAAAGCAUCCAAAAAUGGUCCAGUACCUCGACAAAGUCCAAGGACUUUUGAAAGAAUUCCCUACUUUCACCAUCCAACAAGUUCCACGGGCAGAGAACACUCAUGCAGAUGCGUUGGCGAGCCUAGGAUCAGCAUUGGACACCCAGUUCAGACGCUCCAUCCCAGUUAAACACCUUGACCGGCCAAGCAUCGAAGAAAUAGAGCCGAUCGACUCAAUGCAGAUUGAUGAGGACCCCAGCUGGCAAGACCCCAUCAUCGACUACUUAGUGAAUGGAAACCUGCCAACGGAUAAGUCCGAAGCUAGGAAGGUCCAGCAGAAGGCCACAAGAUACUAUAUGCACAGCAGCAAGCUCAUCCGUAGAUCAUACUCCGGCCCUUAUCUCACCUGCAUAAAGUACCCUCAAACACUUGAAGUCCUCUGCAAAAUUCACGACGGCGAGUGUGGCAACCACUCAAGGGGCAGGUCACUCGCCCAGACUCCGCUAAAUAUGUCAAAAAAUGUGAUCGUUGCCAACGAUAUAAGCCGAUCCCUAAUCUGCCUGUCGAAGUUUAUCAUCCGCAAAACAGUCCAUGGCCAUUCAUGCAAUGGGCCAUCGACUUAG